UUUUUAUUUCUAAAAUUCUGAAUAGUCUGUGUGGAUUGCAGAGUGAAUUGACGUUUGUUGCAGCUGAUCAGUAAUUAGAUUAAUUAGUAAAUAUUCCUUUUAUCUAGGCGAAUUGUUAAAGAAUGAAUAAAAUUCUUAAUUGUUUUAUAUUAUUCUUCUAAAUUUACAAAUGCUUAGUUAUUAGAAUGAUUAUUGUUAUGCGUUGCCACUAAUGUUACUACUUCAAACCUUGAAUAACAUAUUCCUUUUUCUAAAUGGACUAGGCUAGGAUUACUAAAUUUACAAUGGACGCGACAGGGUCUAUAAACAGCGAUAUUUGUGUUGAAAAUGACGAGGACCUUAUCGAGGACUCCGAAGAGAAAGAAUUAGUGACCGACUCCUGUUCGACCAAAGUCCUUAACAUAGAACAACCUGUUGAUAAAUAUUGUAUUGUCUACAUAUUGUUUUACCUUUUCGGAGUCUCAUCAUUAGUGCCAUGGAAUUUUCUAAUCACCGCCAAUGAUUAUUGGAUGUAUAAAUUUCGGGAUGUGCCACCGAACAAUCUCACGAUGGAAGUACGGAAGACUCAGUUUCAAGCUGAGUUCACGUCGUACCUCAAUGUAGCUACUGCUAUACCCAAUCUAAUAUUCCUGAUCCUGAACUCUUUGUAUGGACAUCUGGUGUCUCUAAAGAGCAGAUUACAAAGUUCCCUCAUCGUUGUGACCAUCUCAUUCCUUGUGACGACUGCACUCGUCCAAGUCAACACUGACGAGUGGCAGAACGGAUUCUUUAUAAUAACUAUGGUCACGGUGGUUAUCAUGACAGCGGCCAGUGCCGUAUUCAUAGGCGGCUUGGUCGGAAUAGCGAGUCGUUUCUCAAAGGAAUACAUGGCGGCCGUCGUGAGCGGACAAUCGUUAGGCGGAAUCAUAGCCGCCGUAGCCCAAAUAAUAUCAUUAGCUUUCAAAAUAUCGCCACAGCACAGCGCCUUAAUAUACUUCAUAAUAGCCGACGUAUUAGUCAUAACGUCGUUGAUAUCAUACAUAAGUUUGUACAAAAUCGAUUUUUUCACUCAUCACAUCCUGCAAGGAUCAGGGAUGGUUACCAAUAGGCACCGAGAGGUGUCGAUGGUGAAUAUAAUGAAGAAGAUAUGGGUUUACGCGUUCAGUAUUUUCGCGAUAUUCGCCAUAAGUAUGGCUGUUUAUCCGGCUGUCACAGUGCUGGUAGAGUCCCAUCCUGCUACUAAAGGAACAGAUUGGAAUAAUAUAUUCUUUGUACCGGUCGUCAACUAUUUAAUAUUCAAUUGCGGAGAUUACUCCGGCAGACUGGUUGCUGGCUUUCUAUUGAGGCCAUUAAACCAAUGGGUCAUAGCGAUAGCGAGCAUUAUCCGUAUCAUAGGAGUGCCUAUGUUGAUGCUAUGCAAUGCUAAACCAAGGAAACACCUCCCCGUGCUGUUUUUGUGGGACUACGAGUAUAUUAUGAUAAUGAUUGUAUUCGCUUUCACCAACGGAUAUCUGACUAACAUUGUCAUGAUAAAUUCUACAAGAGUUGUAGAGUUCCACGAGAGAGAGAAAGCUUCAUCGGUAAUAGCAACAAUGUUGAGCGUCGGUCUUACUGUCGGAGCAGCUGUCGGUCUGUUACUUGUAAGAGUGCUAUAAAAUAUAAUGGUAUAGAAAUAUUUAAAAUAAGAUUUUUGCUUUCGCAAUGUGAUGAAAUUGAGUCAGUUCUAACUCAUCAAGGUUGCCGGCGCUAAGUUUUGGUGCCGCUUACCACUUAGAAUUAAAUCAUAAAUAAGCUUGUCAGACGAUCUACAUCGAAAACAUAUUUAAUUUCUUGCCAUUCAUUUAAUAGAAAAUUUAUUAUAUAUAUUUUAUCAGUUAUAGUUUUCUCUUAUAUUACAUAAAACGCGAUCUUAAAAUGGUCCUUUGAGCCAAAUUGCCGCGACGCUCUUAUAAAAAGAUAUCGAUUUUUUUUAAAUUUAGUAGUUUGCUGUUUAUUUAUUAAAAUAUAAGUCAUUUUCUCGUAAAUAAUAAGAUUUUGUUAGAGUUAAACUUGAAUUAUCACAGUAAGAUGUUUAAGUACACAUAAGGAUGUAUUUUUUAGCUUUGCUCUCUGUGUUCGUUUUUUUAAUAAUUUAAUAGACAACAAAACAUUCCAGUAAUUUUAAUUUUAUGAUAUUGAUAUACGAGUUAACAAUUAAAUAUUUAAACAAACGAAAAAACGAAGCCGAAUGAAGUAUUGGGAACAUGCCACUUUUUCACGCGUUAUUAUUUUUUUCGACAUUUCACAAUAUUACUGCCAUGAACAGAUUUGAAAGGUUUGUAACUUCUGAAUAGUAUUUAUUUCGGAAAAAACUUUCUAUUUAUUAAAAAAAUGCGAAGGCUAUUUUUAUAUUCAAAUUUUGUAACAUACGUUGGAACUUUCUGAUCUAAACUGUUUACACAGUUCUAUUCAUGAAAAUGAAAAAAAAAUUCAGUGCAAAAAAAAAUCUUUUUCAUUCGAAAAACAGAUCCCAAAAUUAUUUUCACAACUUGCAGCUAAAUCUCUCAAAGUUGUCAUGACAGGAUGAUCUGAAGUUACAUUAAAAUGUCACAAACUUCAGAAUUGAAGUACAAAAUAUAACUUAAAGGCAGAUAUAACUUAAUUAUGUAGGUAGGUAUGUAUAUAAAUAGCAAUUUUUGUAUAUUACUGUUUUGUAUGUUAUUUAAUGCAUUUAUGGUAUUAAUUUUAAAAAGCUGACGAUGUAGGUAUUUUUUAAAUGCCCAAAAUAACCAAACAUUCCCAAAAUACCUCAUUUUUAACUCAUUUAUUAAUUAUUCUUGAUAUAUUAUAAUCAUAAUAAUUUCAUAAUAACGUAUUAUAACAACAAAAUCUUAUUUUAAAACUUAAUAAAUGCGGAAUCAGUACUUGAGUCAUUAAAAUUUUGAUUAUAAAUCUAAAUUAAUUAAUGCUAAGAAAAAAAUAUUUUGCAUUUAUUUAGUGUCUUGCACUCAAUACAACCGCAUUAGUCAAACAAAAACUUGUAGAGUUAUAUUGAUUAUUUAAAAAAAAAACUCUUACACAUAUAUAAUUGUAAUUAAAUUUACUUAAAACAACAAUGCAGAUAAUCAAAGAUGGUGUUAAAAAAAAUAUUAUAUUGAAAUCUAAAAAUAUCAAUAUUUAUAUACAUAUAUCUCAUAUCUAUUGUAAUAUUUAAGUAAAAUAAAAGAUCUCAGUAUUUUAUUGUUAAAAAUAAUAUACCAAUUAAUGAGAAUUAAAUCAUGUAACAUAGUUGUAAGUUUUAAAAGUUUUAUUAUUAUGUAUGUAUUAAGCAGUAUGUAUCCAGUACGCGGAGUAGAAGUGAAACUUCUUAAUAAAGAGACAAAGAGAGACUUCAGAAACAAAAGUUAUCCAACUCAUUUUAAAUUGUCGAAUUGAAUUUUAAUCAACUACUAUACCAAAGAAUUUUCACUAUAAAAAUGGAAAUGUGUACAUUACCUCUUAGUAACUGGUACCGUAGGCAAUAUAAUAAUAACAUAGCAUAAUCAGAAUUUAUAUGUGCUGUAUACAGCCCAAAGUUUUAUAUUGAUUGGUUACUUACUAUUAUUUUAAUUGUGAUCUUGGAACUAUUUUCUCAGACCUGUGCUUACUGUGUAGUCUUUGGUAAUAGCAUAAUAAAAUGAGGGUUAUGAAUGGAAGUUUGGGUUGUGUGGUAUGGUGCCACUUGCCAACAAGUUCAUUCUGUGUUGCCUGAAGUAGUUAACCAGUUUGUGUUACUGUCAAAUUAUGUUGUAAAACUAAUUAUGCCAUACAUUUUUACAUAUUAUUACUUUGUUUUACAAUUUUUAGCCGUUUUUAUUUGGAUUUUUGAAGUAUUUGGUUCAACACAUAGCUAAAUCAUAAAAUAUAGAUGUUUUGUGAAGUGAAUUUAUGACGUAUAGGGUAAAUAGUUGUGAUAACGUGACAUGUGAAAAUGAGAAAAAUAAAUUAUUUAUCACCAAA